CCCAAACUUGUUUCAGGAAAAAGCGGCUGAACAUAUGUCCCUCCCUGCCCGCGCCGGAGGAACCAGGACGGAGGAGAAGGCGUAAACUUCCUCCCGACGUUUGCUGCGCCUUUCGAGACUCGACAUUUUUUUUGCGAAAUCUUUUUUUGUUGUUGUUGUUUUUAACGAGAGGAGUUUUUUUUUGCUUUUAAUCCGUUCGCCCGGGUGCGUUCGUUGUUUUUCCUCCCACCGACCACCCCCCCCCCCCCCACCACCCCCCCGGGACGUGUAUUUGCAGACAUGGAGUGGGGAGCAGAUCUCUGGGACCAGUACGAUCAGAUCGACAAGCACACGCUGACGGGCCUCGACCUGGUCGACCGCUACAUUAAGUUUGUGAAGGAACGGACGGAAAUCGAGCAGAACUACGCCAAACAACUGAGGCGAGUGAUCGUGUCUUGUGUUUUCAUGAAUUGGGAUCUUAAAUAUAUACGUUUUGACUAUUUAUGUGUGUGUGUGUGCUUAAUAAACAUCACACUGUUUCUUUUACACAACAGGAGUCUAUCAAAGAAAUAUGCAAAACGAGGGAGUAAAGAAGAGCAAGACCUCAACAGAUUCAGCAAUCACGCAUCACUCCAGGAGAUCCUGAACGAGCUGAACGACUACGCCGGCCAGCGGGAGCUCGUCGCCGAAAACAUGAUGACCGGCAUCUGCGCGGAGCUCACCAAGUACCUCCAGGAGCUCAAGCAGGAACGCAAAACGCACCUCUUGGAUGCCAAGAAGGCCCAGCAGGUCUUGGAGGUCAGCUUUAAACAACUAGAAAGUACUAAAAAGCGCUACGCCAAGGAAUGGGCAGAAGCUGAAAAAGCAACACAACAAGCUGAGAAAACAGAGAGUGACCUCAAUGCCACCAAGAUCGAUGUUGAGAAGGCCAAGCAGCACGCCCACCACCGCACGCACGCCGCCGAGGAGUUCAGGAACGACUACGCCGCGCAGCUGCAGAAAUACAACAAGGAGCAGAACGCCUACUACUACUCUGAGGUCCCGCAGAUCUUCAACAAGAUGCAGGACAUGGACGAACGCAGGAUCCGGCGGCUGGCGGGGGCCUACUGCCAGUUCUCUGACAUCGAGAAGAACGUGCUGCCGAUCAUCACCAAGUGUUUGGACGGGAUUUCUGCAGCAGGGAAGAAGAUCAAUGAGAAACAGGACUCGAUGCUGUUCAUCGAGCAGCACAAGUCCGGUUUCGAGAGGCCGGCCGACGUCGACUUUGAGGACUACACCCAAGGAAUCAAACCGGCCACCUCUGACUCCAGCCUCAACCCCCCGAAGGUGCGCGCUAAGCUCUGGCCCUUCAGCAAGAAGUCCAAGGUCAGGAAAAAUAAUUCACAGAAGAAACAUGUCACUGCAGCGCAUGCUGCAGAAGAUUUCUCUCAUCUUCCUCCGGAGCAGAGGAAGAAGAGGCUUCAGGGAAAGAUUGAUGACAUCGCCAAAGAUCUGCAGAAGACGCAGGACCAAAGCGAGGCCCUGGAGAAGAUGAAGGGCGUCUACGAGCACAACCCGCAGAUGGGCGACCCCUCCAGCCUGGAGCCGCAGAUCUCCGAAACUGCCCAGAACAUUGGCCGGCUGACGGCGGAGCUCGCCAAAUAUGAGACGUGGCUGUCGGAGGCGGUGGGCGGGGAGGACUCGUCCAACGCCAUCAACAAUAACACUCAACACAGCAAAAUGCCCCCCCCCCCGAACGCCACGUCUCCAUUGUUGUGCCCGGGUGUUUCCAGGGUGGCGGCGGCGGCGGCCAACCAGCCGCAGGGCCUCUACUCGGAGUUCGAUGAGGAGUUUGAAGACGUGGAAACUCCCGUCGGCCAGUGCACGGCUCUGUACACCUUCGAAGGCAACAGCGAGGGCACCGUUUCCAUUACGGAGGGAGAGAUGUUGAGUAUAAUGGAGGACGAUAAAGGAGACGGAUGGAUGAGAGUCCUCAGAGGCAGCGGAGAAGAGGGCUAUAUACCGUCAUCCUAUGUCAAACAUUCCCCAUAACACACACACACACACACACACACACACACACACACACACACACACACGCACACAGACACACGGCUUGUAAUGGGAAGGUAAGUUAGAAGCCGAAGGUGAAUACAAAGUCAUCCGCUAUAAUUGGGGCCUCCCAUCUUUUAUC